CGUUCUCUUUUUCCCUUCCCUCCUCCCUCUUCCAACCUCCCAUGGACUCCGAUUCCGAUUCCGGCGGCUCUCACGUCUCCGCCACUCCUCCACGAGACCGCACUCCGCCGCCGCCGCCGCCGAAACCGAGGGCUAGACCAACCUCCUCUUCACGCUCCUCCGCCAGAACCGCCGCCCCAAAGCCCCAGAACAACCGUCUGCCGAAACCCUCAGACCUUCCCUCGCAAGAUCCGGCUCCGAUUUCGACACCAUCUCCUCUCUCCACCGCGCCUUUCCACGUCCGACGUCCGUCGGAUCAACCGAAACCGGCCGCCGUCGAUUCCUUCCAGAUUCUCCGAGCUGGCCACUUCUCCAAAUCCGCUUCGUUUUCCAAACUUCAAAGACCUUCUCUCAACUUCGAGACUCAGGAAUCUGAUUUAUCCGGAUCGAAACCGGAGCUCAAGAGUGAAACCGUGGAGAGAGACGGAUCAGCUGUCAACUCCUCGAGUUCAGUGAAAGCUGUGCGGAAGAACCUGAAUUUGAUUAGAGCUAAUGUGCCUCUUCCCCCGGCGAAGGUGCGAAAGAGUGGCGGAGAAGGUAAUUUUGUUAGGCUUAAUAUGAACCACAACAACUACCGGCGCAAGUUCCUUAGCAAAAGUGCAAGGAAGAAUGGCCGCUCCUCAGGUUUUAAACGAUUCCCAAAAAGAAGAAAGGGAAAAUCUAGGGCUGAAACUGAGGCUCAAACGGAAGGCGUUUUUGAGGAAGAAGGGCUGGUCACAGAUUCCACGAAACAAAAGAAUAGGCAAGAGAGCGAGAGAAGGAAGUUCGAUAGUGAAUCCAUCGAGGCGGCUCUUUCAGCUGUUAGAAAUGACGCUUCAGAUGUGAAUUUGGUGAAUCUGUUGAAAUUGGUGUAUGGUUAUGAUUCGUUCCGUGAUGGACAAUUGGAGGCCCUCAGAUUGGUUCUUGCAGGGAAAUCGACUAUGCUGGUUUUGCCAACUGGUGCUGGCAAAUCCUUGUGUUAUCAGAUACCUUCCAUGAUCUUACCCGGGAUGACCCUGGUAGUGAGCCCUUUAGUGGCUUUGAUGAUUGAUCAGCUAAAACAGUUGCCUCCAAUGAUUAACGGUGGUCUUUUGUGUAGCAGUCAGACGUUGCAAGAGACAUCAGAGACACUGAGGCUGCUCCAAGAAGGCAGCAUUAAGGUGCUUUAUGUAUCUCCAGAAAGGUUCCUGAAUGAGGACUUCAUGGCAAUAUUCUCUACUGUUCAACUUGUGUCGCUUGUGGUAAUUGAUGAAGCUCACUGCCUAUCUGAAUGGUCACACAAUUUUCGGCCUUCAUAUACCAGACUUAGGGCUUCUCUGUUUCGCAUUAGGCUCCAUGUUAAUUGUAUUCUUGCAAUGACAGCAACAGCCACUUCAACAACUUUGGAUGCAGUAAUGGGUGCAUUAGAAAUUCCCUCUUCCAAUCUCAUCCGGAAGGUCCCAUUAAGGGAUAACCUACAGUUAUUCAUCUCCUUGAGUCAUAACAGGUGAGUUUCCUCAUCCAUAUGUGUUUUUUUGACCGGCUUUGUCACUCUCGAUUGCUUAAUCUAUUGAACCUGAUGGUCGAAAUUUGUAUAUGACAGGAUGAAAGACCUGCUGAUGCUAUUAAGGUCGUCUCCCUAUUCAGAAGUUCAGAGCAUCAUUGUGUACUGCAAAUUUCAGUCUGAGACGGAUCAAAUUAGCAGAUAUUUACGUGACAACAAUAUCUCUGCAAAGAGUUAUCACAGUGGGAUCCCGGCAAAGGAUCGAACCCGUAUCCAGGAGUUGUUCUGUUCCAACAAGAUUAGAGUGAUUGUUGCAACAGUGGCAUUUGGCAUGGGACUCGAUAAAAGGGACAUUGGAGCGAUCAUCCAUUACAGCCUUCCCAACAGCUUGGAAGAAUAUGUACAGGAGAUUGGCCGUGCUGGACGAGAUGGGAGGGUGUCAUAUUGCCAUCUCUUCUAUGAUGAUACGACAUACUUCAAGCUCCGUAGUCUUGCUCACAGUGAUGGAGUGGAUGAGUAUGCAGUGAAUAAGUUCCUUUGCCAAGUUUUCAACAAUGGGACAACUUUGCAUGGCCGAAUUUUUUCAAUCAUGAAAGAAUCGGCAUCUCGACGGUUUGAUAUGAAAGAAGAGGUAAUGCUCACAAUUUUAACGCAUUUGGAAUUGGGCGAAGUCCAAUACUUGCAGUUGCUUCUGCAAUUAAAUGUAUCUUGCACUCUGAACUUCCAUCAGACUCAACCUGUGUUGCUAGCUGACAAGGAUAUUGUAAUUGCUGCAAUUUUGAAAAAGUCGGAAUUAAGACAAGGGCAAUAUGUGUUUGACAUACCUACUGUGGCAAAUAGUGUUGGUGCCACAGCAGCAGAGUUAACUAGUUGGCUACAGAAUUUAAAGCUAAAAGGUGAAAUUACAUAUGAAACGAAGGAUUCAGCUUAUUCUUACAUGGUAGCGAAUGUUCCUGAAGAUAUUUGCUCCCUCUCAGCAAAUGUGACAAAAUGGUUAUCCGACGUUGAAAGUUGUAAGGUUCAUAAACUGGAUGCCAUGAAUGAUGCUGCCGUCUUUGCUUUGAAUACAUGCGAGAGGACCAAUGGUUGUUCCAGUACCCAACACACGUGGUGCUUGCAGAGGAAGAUUAUGGAUUACUUUGACAGAGAUAACCAUUGUGAUAUCCCUACUAAGAUGACUCAAAGCAGCACUUUUUUGAGAGCAGAUAUUAAGGUAUUUCUACAAAGUAAUUCACAGGCAAAGUUCACACCAAGAGCGGUUGCAAGGAUAUUGCAUGGCAUUUCAAGCCCAGCCUACCCGGCUAUGAGUUGGGGCAGAACUCAUUUCUGGGGAAGAUAUAUGAAGAUGGAUUUCCAAGUGGUGAUGGAAGCAGCGAAGGCAGAACUUAUGAACUUUGUUGGAAAAGACACUGCCUAGUCAUUUAUGGAGAGUAUAUCUUGUCUGCGACAAUCGUACCGGAGAGUGUUUUUCAAGUAAGUAAACUUCCCAAGUGGUAUCAGAUUGAGUACCCCUGUCCAGGCAAAAGAGAAAAGGAAAAAAAUGAGAGAAGUAUGCUGUUCAGUUAAUUCUCAUUUGGAAAAAAUGGCUGAGUCCCAGACUAAUGCUCUUCUUUGCAGGCUUUGGUGUUUGACAAUCUGAAACUUGACAAUAGCACUCUUGGAUUUGUAUAGACUAAAAUGAACAAUACUUCUGGUUAUAAAGUUGCAGCCAUUUAAGUGCACUCAUGGUGUGUUGAUUAUCUCCUCCUAUUACUGACCUUCGCUUCUGGCAUUAGCGAGCUUUGUUCUGGAGAUUUGUGUGAGGAAACAUGCUUGGUAAAAGCUUGUGGGAGUUAAGAUGCCAAGAAGAAGGCCUUGAAUGGAUAAUGGAUGUUGUGCUCUGUUUAUCUGAUUUGAACAGAUCACCCAGCAAUCACUGUGCCUGACUUGGAAGAAAGUUGGUGAAACUUUGUCUUCCAAGAGAGGGAGGUGGAGCAAAUUGCUUCUAAGCUUUGUGGUCUUUGACAUGGUGGCGGAUAUGUUCCAAAACCUGUUGAUUUGUGUUCCAUGUUACAAUCAACGGGUUGGCUAGCAAGUGAUCAUUUC